AGAGCGAUCGUCAGCCGGUAAAGAGUAAAGCAAAGCGGGAUUGGGGAGAGAUAUUGUGUCUACACGGACUCAAUGUCUGAUUUCCCCAGAGCAUGACAGCUUGCAGGGUGGUGUUUCUCUCACAUUCCCCACCAGUAUCUCUUGUGUUAAACGAGAAGCGAGAAACCUGUGGUGACAAACUACUAACCCCAUCAUCCUCUGAUAUUGGCCAAACUGACCAGACUUCGUGGAACGGAGUAUCAAGCAACAGGGCAAGACUAUUACUGCCGCAUGAUGAAUUCUUACCCAGCAUACUCUUCCAAAAGAUUAACUCAUGUGAUCAGAAUUUGACUCGAUGCUGUGAAGUCAUGGAAUUGAACUCCAUGAUCCAGGGGCAACUUUUCACAAUCCUUAAUCAAACAUGCCAAGAAGGUGGACAUUAUGCAGGUGUGGAAAUAAUAAAAUCUCGUCUUCUGCCCUGGCUGGGAACUUGUUUUUCUAGUCCUGUUUCUGGAAGGCCAUUUGAAACAAGCUCUUCUCUCUUGCAGGAAUCCCUGGAGAAAGACAGAAUGCUUAAGGAAUUGGCUAGCUCUCGGAACCAUGAAAUACUGCAACUGGAGAAAGAACUGAAUGCCACUCAUUUACAGCUCAGUCUUGUACAGCAAGACCUUGCAGAAGCUCAGCUGGCUCUUGAAGGAACAAAGGCCAAAUCAGCCACCACUCUUUUGGCAGCAGAGGAUGAAAUUAUUCAGCUAAAAGCAGAGCUGAAGGCUUCUCGGGCAAAGGAAGAGUGCGCUAUGAUAAACCUGGAGCGGCUGAAUGACUAUGAGCAGCAGCUUCAAACACUGAAGGAUGAGAUUGCAGUUCUUAGUGCUCAAAAAUCUGUUUUGCAAAACAGACUCGCACGAAGUAGAUCUCCUUCCCCAGUUCUUGCCCGAAGCAGAUCGCCUAGCCCACUUUCAGUGAGGAGUUUCUCACCUGGCCGAGCGAGACUUACCAAUGCUUCCCGUCAUGCUCGCCUUGUGGAACGCUUCAGUGACAUUUAUGCUCAAGAACGCUUGGAUGCUCAAACCCUUCUGAGAAGUUACAUUGAUGAUCUGGAGAUGGUGCAGAGAAUAAUCUAUACAGCAGCUGUGGAAUCUUUCCAUGCUGCAAAGAAGGCCUUCAGGCAGUUCAAAAUGCGUGUUAGAAAGACUCUGUCUCUAAGUUACACAGGGACUGAAUCAAUUGAAGACAUGGUAAUGGACUAUAUUGUUCGCCAGGAGGAUCUGUAUGAUGUCCAGUCCAGUGUCAAUGAAGUAAUCCGUGCAAUGAACAUGAAUCCUAAGAUUUCCUUCCCACCAGAAGUUGACUUUAUUGUGGUCAGCAAUUUAAUACGAGAGAUGUGCCGUGUAGCCUUUUCGAUGCAGACUUUGGAUCCUCCAUUGGAUAUUUCAUUUGCAACAGAUGGAGAACUUUUUAGCGAGUACAAGUACCGUCGCAGCUAUGACUCUGAUUUCACCGCUCCACUAGUGGCUUACCACGUGUGGCCUGCUCUUAUGGAAGGAGAUUCUGUCAUUGUCAAGGGAGAAGCAGUCACAAAAAGAGGUGCUCUAUGGUCUCACAGGAGUAGAAGCAGAAGCAGAAGCCGCAGCCGUAGUUUGAGCCCUCUGUCUCGUAGUCCAGACUACUCCCGACAUCUGCCUUCUCGAAGCCGCAGCCCUUCCCCAUUAAGGAAUGGAAACUCAAGAAUUUAGGUUAACUGGAUAUGGUUUUUUUGAUUCUAUACUUCUGGACAAUCAGCUUCAGUGGUGCCUCCUCUUCCAAGUGUACCUCAAACUUCACUUACAAUAAUGUGAACAACAAUUUCAGAUCCUUCCAAAUGGAGGAAGAAUUGGAAUGAUGCCCAGUGUGUGGUUUGUGUGUUUUUAAUAAUGUUAGCAUUUUUAAAAAUGAGUGAAUGCAACAAAUCUGAGUGAAAUUGCACGUGUAUUUUAGGAUCAUCUUUCUUUGAUUAAAAAAUUGUUUACACAACUGUUAAAUCAUUUUUGGUGGGGGAAAUAGUUACAAAAAGAGAAAUAUGGUGCCAAGAUAAUCUAUAUAUCACAAUCAUAUAUUUAAGAAAAUAGUUGGGCCACCUGUACGUGCUCACCUGGAUCUAAACUUCAUUGAACUCAAAUGCUAUAUUCAAUAUGUAGCAUUCUGCUACAAGACCUUGUGGAGGGGAGAUACUUCUAACUAAAACUGUGUGAUUGCUGGAAGAGGUUAAACCUUCCCUCUAACUGGUUUUGAAAACUACAUUAGCUCUUUUUCCCAAUAUGAAGGCUUAAAAAUAAACUUGAUGCCAGUGCUGUUCCCUGUCCCAUCUCCCGCCUCCCCCCAAAGAGACAAAUUCAGUUUUGAAAUAUUGACUCAGGGGAAAGAUCUAAGUUACCCUACCUAUACAUGGUGUAUGCAUACAGUUGGGCCCUGUGUGCUCACUUAUGUGUCAGACAGAAAAGAUCUUACAACUGGGUGCUAUACAUUUAAUGUAACUGGAUGGACAGGUAUGGCGUUAUCUUAUGAACCUGUGUCUUGAAAUGCCAUGGUGAUUUGACAGUGUUCAUUUAGGGCUCAAGCUCAUUAAUAUUCCAUUGAAUAAGAUGCAAAAAUGUUUAACAUUUUCUGGAUCGUAUCCAAUAAAAGUAGAUUUUUUUGCAUCCAAACACAUUCACAAAGGCAGGAAUUCCUUCUAGGUAACCCUAUUAUAAUCUUCCCUUUUAGAUGUAAAAAUUUAUGUAUGCGUUUGAAAGGUAUACAUUUCUGCUAACCUGUUAAGUAGGUUCUAGACAUAGUCAUAUUUCAAGUAGACCUAAAUCCUUUGAGCUCAAUAAGUUUACUAUAAAUACAGCUAAGUCUGGAUUUAGUCCAUUGUUUGGUUAUAAUACUUGGUGCUGAUACCAUGUUUUCCUUCCAAGAUAUGUGACUUCCCCCCUAUUACCUCAUUUGUUGUGGCAGCAUUAAAUCCAAGCAAUACAAAUGAUCUUUUGGGGCCUUGCAGAUUUCCCAUAGAACUUUAGGAUGAGUCCCCAUAUAUCACAGGGUUAGUCUAAAGAAAGCAGUGUUUGAUUUCUUAUCCUGAAUAUAGUGAUUCAGCAAAGCAUGGAAUUACCUUGCUUUACUCGUAUAAAACUAAAUGGGACUUGCUUGGUUUCCUUUUUACAGUUACUUAACCUGUAUAAAAAUAACUCACACAGACUUAGUUCUCUGGCUUUGCAAAAUAUAUAACUAGGUUAAAUCAUGUUUACAACAAAGUUACGUAUGUUUUUGAAAAUAUUCUCUAUUGCCUAUUUGAAAUAAACAACUGGACGACAUGUGCAUGUGUGUCAUGUGGAUCAACUUGGACCUGUAGACCAGAAUCCUAUUGCUGAUUUAUGCUUUCAUACAGGAAAUCAUGUAAAACAUGGUAACAGAUUGCUGUUCUUUAACAAGACGGUGGUAUGUUUCUGGGUUCGUACAAAAUUGGGAUUCUAUCCGUUGUAAAAUAAAAAGAUCUUGAACUUCUUAAACUAUGAAUUUACAUCUACAGUAGUUUGAUUCUGUGUAGCCAGCAGUUUUUAAGCUCUUCAUCACAUGAGCCUAACUAAUCAGUCUACAGGUGUCCUGCUAAGAGAAAUGCUUCAGCAUGAACUUCAGGCUUGUGCAUGCCCUUUUCUCUGUUGCUGCAGCAACCAGGCAGCCAGAAGUCUCCAUUUCUAGUUUUCAGCCAACAGUCUAUAUAAUAUGCAGACUAAGAUAAAUCCCGAUGACUUCUGAAUUUCGAUACAAGUGCUUAGCUACAUGGUUUGAGAUGGUGAAAACUUAUGUACAUCUGUCUUAGUUUCACCUAUCAUAGUUGGUAAUUCUGAAGUUUGGAUUAUUCAGGGAACUCUGUUUCCUUGAUAAUCAGAAGGGGAAGCUGCUUCCCCCCCCCCCCGCUUUGGUAUGCAGAAGAUAGAGUGGGGAGUAGACAGCCCUGAGACUUGCCAUAUCUUAUCCACGCAUUACAAAAGUGGGCAUCAAACAUAUCAUGAGCCAUAUGCAGCCUCCCUCCCUGUUCUUGCAACUACUACCCUUGCCCUGACAGAUUUCAGUGAUGUAAUGCUUGCAAUAAAACACGUGCACAUUUUUGAUGCAAAACAAGCCCCCUAAGGAGUACUCACUUUGUUUUAGAAGAGAUUUGCACACCUGGAUGCCUCCUUGGAAAUGCACUUGUCCUUUAAAACAAGGCAUCUGCUCUUUAUGCAUCUUUUAUUUUAAAGUGAGAUUUAACAUGGUGGCAGCUAGAACUCAUCACAAUUUAGGGUGUAUGUAAAAUUGACUCCUUGGCCCACAAGAGUUGGCCAAUCCAGAAAGAGCAGGGAAUCUCUGUGUCCUGUUACAAUUGAACCUGACCAUGAUUGUCCUCAGCUAUGUAUGAAGUUGAGUUGUGAAAAGUACAAAUGUCUAUUAUCUGUACAUCUGAGCUCUGUUAAACCUUACAGUUUUAAUAACUUAUCUAGGUAUUGAGAUUAAAAGACACACAGUAUCAAUAGCAUGUACAUUAACAAUGGUUUUCAAACAAGGCCUGAUAUUUGGUCACAAAUGAAGAUGGAAUCUGUAACAGCAGGAAACAAGACUUUAUUACAGUGGACAAUGUUUACUAAAAUAAUUUAUGUGCUGCAAGGAUUACUUGCGAGGUGUGUUUUUUCAGUACAGUGUUAUUUUUGAUCAGGGUGAUAAUGUUGAUCUAGACUACAUUCAGAGGAGAUUCAUGUUCUGUACAACCCUAUUAAGAAUGCAAAUGAUGUAAACUGUCUCUUCAUUUAUACCAAUGAUUUGUGCAUGAGUGUGUAGUGCACUGUGGAAAGAAACCCAAAAAGAUUAGAGGUAAGUCAGCCCUACACAUACUCACUUUCAAAACUGUGUGUGCAUGUGUGUGUGAAUCAACUUGUCAUCACUCUUGGACUAAAUAAAGAUUAAUUCUGAUUGUACUGUAUAUCCAUGGUUACUUCCACAUGCUAAUGAUUCCACAGCUACCCAGAGAAAUGCAAAGUUACUUUUUAAAUUAUAGCAGAAACCUCCAGUUAGCUUGGUCAUUUUUUUUAAAAGGUCAUUUCCAGUCUCUAAAACUGCCAUAUAAUGCCUGAAAUCCUUUGACAAAAAGAAUGGCAUAGGCAGUUUCCAUAGCAUUGUUUUAAUGAAAUCUAGAAAUGUGCUGUGUUGAUAUAUAAAUCCACUAUUAUUAGACUCUUUGCCACAAUAAGAGCAUUUCAAAUAUUGUGCUC